AUGGAUGAGUUCAUUGCUCAACUAGAUUCAACUGCAAGGAUUCCUCCCCAAGAAGUUUUUACUCCAACUAUUACUCCAUCGGAUCGUGAUCUUGAUGAAUCUCAAGCCUCUCAGUCAUCCUAUCACACAACCAUCGAAACAUCCCAACCAAUUCAUGUUGAGGGUACAAUUUUAGAUGAAGGGACCAGUUUUGCUUAUUCUUCUUUUGAAGCGGGGAGCUUGUCAACUCUUGGUAGCUCCUCUCCACCCCAACCUAAGCAUGAUGCCGCCUCAGAGUGCCUCACCAGUUUUUCAGCUCAAGAGGAUGUUGAUCCUGCACCCAGAGGCAAAGGGAUAUCCAUUGGUGCAGGGGGUUAUGGGGUGAAGAGCCAUUUAUCUCUGAGCUCAAGGAAGAGAUUGCUCAACCUUGGCGCUUUAACUGUUGGAUAUUUCGAUCUAAAUAACAAGUUGAUUAGUGAAUUUGGCGACAAAUUCAAAAUAUUAGUCAAUGAAUACCAUGAAGCUGAGGCUUCCCAAAGUGCUUCUGCCCAAGCAACUCAAGAUUCACAAGAUGCUCCUAAACAUGUCAGUACGACCCGUAUUGUUGAUCAUUUUGAAAAAGAACCUGCUCAAGCUGAUCCGAGACUUGGUGUACGCGAUAUCUGCACCUUGGUAGAGCAUCAGAUCAUGGUCAAUAAUUAUAUUUUGGAGGUUAGUGCUAAAGAGUUUACUGGCAUGGUUGUUGAGAUCAUCAACAAGUGCUUGUGGGCAGGAGCCAAGGGGAGCUCAGAUGUGAUGUUCGCCGACAAUCCUUGA